CGCUCAGGGCGAGUUAUUUGGCCAUGGCGACAGUGCAAUUUCUGCUGGAUGUAUAUAAAAGUAGCCUCCAGCCGUAUAUUGAUGUCUUGAUGACCCUUACAUCUACCUAGCCUUCAAUUGCUGUCAGCCUGCUUCGUAUGAGCCAAUACUCAACACAGAACCUGCCGGUGUCUGCAAAAUGGACGUUGUCUUGGAAGUCUUUGACUCACUUGUGCUGGAUCAACUUUAUGCAAAGUGCAUUCCCUCGGGCACCAUAGAAAACGGUGCUUUCUCCCAAUUGAACAACACGUCCAUAGUCCUCGACAAUGCCCGAACAGAUCAAACGAGUGCAUGGCAGCGAGACAACAUCUGGAGACAGACCCUGACUUUAUACAUGCUGACAUGGAUCUUCGGCACCGUCCUAUACCUAAUCUGUGCCACCUUAUCUUACGUCUUCAUCUUCGACAAGGCGACAUUAAAGCACCCGAAGGUCCUCAAGAACCAAGUCUCAUUAGAGAUAAAGCAUGCUCUAGCAUCCACUCCAUACAUUGCUCUUCUCACAACUCCGUUAUUUCUGCUGGAAGUUCGAGGCUAUUCCAAGCUGUAUGCUACGAUGGCAGACGGUCCGGGUCUCUGGUAUGACAUCGCCCAGUUCCCGUUGGUCAUACUAUUCACGGACUUCGGCAUAUACUGGAUCCAUCGGUUCAUGCACCACCCCCGUGUGUACAAGUACAUUCAUAAGCCACAUCACAAAUGGGUCGUACCAACCCCGUAUGCCUCCGUCGCUUUUCACCCGGUCGAUGGAUUUCUCCAGUCAUUUCCAUACCAUCUGUACCCGUUUCUCUUUCCGCUGCACCGAUAUACAUAUCUGGGCCUUUUUUUCUUCGUGCAGAUAUGGACCGUGGUCAUCCACGACGGGGAAUAUGUCUCCAAGAACGAGAUAAUCAACGGUGCUGCCUGCCAUACAAUGCAUCAUCUAUACUUCAACUACAACUACGGUCAAUUCACAACCUUGUGGGACCGAAUCGGUGGUUCAUAUAGACGGCCAGAUGAAGAGCUUCUAGCCCUUGGCUUGGCGCAUGCGGGGAUGAACAAGGACAAGAACGAAUAAGGAUGUUACUAUAUUUGUAGAAUAGACAACAUAAUGCGGAAGGAAGCACCCUGACAAUGAGAUAUUGUCUGCACCUGACCAGUAAGCUUUCAUAAUUAGAGAAUAGAAUCGGU